AUGCCGUUAUCAGCAUUUCUCCUCCUCUCGAGCUGUCACGCUGACAGCUCGGCACUGAUAAUCAGUGUUCCCUGAUGAUCAGUGUGGCCCCAGAAGUGCCACCUAUCAGUGCCAGUGCCCAUCAGUGCCACAUCAAUGCCACAUAUCAGUGCACAUCAAUGCCACAUAUCAGUGCCAAUCUGAGCUGCCUUUCAAUGUCACCCAUCAGUGUCAGUCAGUGCCUGCCACUCAGUGUCGCCUAUCAGUGCAUAUAUCAGUGUCAUGUAUCAGUGAGUGCUGCCUUUCAGUGCCCAUCAGUGAUGCCUGUCAACGCGCCCAUCAGUGCAACCUACCAGUGCCUCCUCAUCAGUGCCACCUAUCACUGUCUAUCAGUGCAGCCUAUCAUUGCCCAUCACUACAGCCUCAUUAGCGCACAAUCAGUGAAGGAGAAAAAUCACUUAUUUACAAAGUUGUAU